GGAAUCCGCUGUGGGCUUAAGAGGAGGCUUGAUUGACUGAAUGCUCCGGGUUUAUUCCGACUAUAUUCGGAUACAGUGCAAGUUGUGAACAUUCUUGAAAUUCUGAAGAUCAAUUGGAUUAUUGGAUAAAAACAAAAUCCAACAGUGAAUCCGCUGUGGGCUUAAGAGGAGGAUUGAUUGACUGAAUAUUCCGGGUUAAUUCAGACUAUAUUCGGAUACAGUGGGAGUUGUGAACAUUCGUGAAAUUCUGAAGAUCAUUUUGAUUAUUGGAUAAAAUACAUUUCAAAGAGGGAAAACGCUUUGGGUUUCAGAGGAGGAUUGAAUAAUUGAAUGCUCCGGGUUUAUUCAGAUUAUAUUCGGAUUGGGAAAUGUGAACAUUCGUGGAAUUCUAAAGCUAAAUUGGAUUGUUGGAUAAAACACAUUCUAAAGAGGUGAAAGAACACAGAUGUAGUCCUUAAGUAGCAACUAAUAGACGCCAACCCUGAUGAGAACUCACGGCCUCCAGACACGAUUUAGGACUAGUAGCAGCUAUCAAACCUAAGCUGACUGGUAGCCAGCUGUAGGGGAGCGAUCCGGCGCCAACAUGGCGGACAUCAUUCACAAGAUAUUCGGAAAGCAGAGUCACCAUGGCAGCAAACACUCCGACUCAGGGAAACGGGAGGACAAGGAGGUCGCGGAAGGAUACACUAAACACCAGAUGGAAUUCUUCAAGGAGUUUCUCGCCAAAGCAAAAGAGGAAUUCACACAAAAAUGGGAUCAUCCAGGCCAGAACACAGCGGGCCUCGACGACUUCGACAGGAUCAAAACUCUGGGUACUGGGUCCUUUGGUCGAGUCAUGUUAGUACAACACAAGACUAACAAAGAGUAUUUUGCCAUGAAAAUACUUGACAAACAAAAGGUGGUGAAGUUGAAGCAAGUGGAACACACAUUGAAUGAGAAAAGAAUCCUACAAGCCAUCACCUUCCCAUUUCUUGUUAGUUUAGAAUAUCAUUUUAAGGAUACCUCCAAUUUAUAUAUGGUGUUAGAGUUUGUUACCGGAGGAGAGAUGUUCUCCCAUCUAAGAAGAAUAGGAAGAUUUAGUGAACCACAUUCCAGAUUUUACGCAGCACAAAUUGUCUUGGCUUUUGAGUAUCUGCAUUAUCUGGAUCUCAUUUAUCGAGAUCUGAAACCGGAAAACCUACUCAUUGACUUUCAAGGGUACCUAAAAGUUACAGACUUUGGGUUUGCGAAGAGAGUAAAAGGCCGAACAUGGACGCUGUGUGGAACUCCAGAAUACCUCGCUCCAGAGAUCAUCCUCAGCAAGGGUUACAACAAGGCUGUGGAUUGGUGGGCACUCGGAGUGUUGGUGUAUGAAAUGGCCGCUGGCUAUCCCCCCUUCUUCGCAGAUCAGCCCAUACAGAUCUACGAGAAAAUUGUUUCUGGGAAGGUUCGAUUCCCAUCACACUUCAGCUCUGAUCUGAAGGACCUCCUGCGAUCGCUUCUCCAAGUAGACCUCACCAAGCGCUUCGGAAACCUGAAGAACGGAGUGAAUGACAUCAAGAACCACAAAUGGUUCUCCACUACUGACUGGAUUGCUAUCUACCAGAAGAAGGUGGAAGCUCCAUUCAUCCCCAAAUGCAAAGGGCCAGGAGACACCAGCAACUUUGACGACUACGAGGAGGAGCCCCUCAGGAUCUCAUCAACGGAAAAGUGCUCCAAGGAGUUUGCCGAUUUCUAGACAUCUUGUGUGUACGAGUCACAAAGACCAUUUUGUUGUUGAUUAAAAAAAAACAUGGUGUGACGCGUAAGCUCGUCAUCGGACAGUUUGAGUGAAGCCUUGUGGGCGGUUGGUCGGAGUUAGCAAAAGUGGCUGCUGAGAAAUGAUGACAAUGUCUCCAGAUAUAAUCCAAAUAAUCAUUCAUUGUUUGGAUAUAUUCUUUACCGUUCAUAUUGAAACAACAUUGAAGAAGAAUAGCCGAUUCAUGUGACAUCUCUGGUCAAUGUAAUGGAGAAGAACCAGAUGGAUGUGGAUUUAUUUUACGACUGUCCUGUCUAUUUAUGAGUUUUUUUAGUGAAUUCUUUUAGAAUGUUUGAUGGUUCAAGUAUUAAACAAUAAUAUAAGUGAUUAUAAAAUUAUUUAUGAAGACAUUUGUCAGCGAAGCUAGAAAAUGUGCGAAGACAUUUAUUGGACAUGGAAGGUUGCUUACAGUGGACGGACGGACGGCAAGGUUCCUUCCAGUGCAAUGCUGUGAGCAGUGUGUGUGAUUGUCUGAUUACCUAUAUGAUUGAAGCGUCCUUUCUGCAGUCUACUUUUUGGCCUGUUGAUGUACCAUCUGUAUCAAUAUUUCUCAGCUCUGUAUUCUGUUGUUACGGAUACAGUCUGAGCAUUAUAAAAAUUAUAUUGAUUUUUACUAUUUAAGGUUAAGCAUCUGUUAAACUUACAGUCCUAAACUGACAAUAACUUACUUAACAAAUCAAUUACCCUUUAUUCCUGAAAUUUUACAGAAAUGGAUUUAUGACUUAGUACUUGAUUGAAAAAUAAAUUGCUUGAGCUAGUACAAUAUGCUUUUAUUGAUCGUUUUGAACAAAGAGAAGUACUGACAACAACAGGGCAUUCAUUGUUUUUGUUUUAUGCGUAACUUUUUAAACUCUGACAUGAUUUCUUGAAAUAUUUUUCUAGUUAUUCCUUACAUGUUAGGCCAGUUAUGUUUGAACUUAGAUUUGAGUGUGAUAAUGUUCUGUUUAUGUUAGCAAUAAAAUCUUUAAAAGUCUGUAUAUUAUGUAAGUCAUCCGCGUUUUUACCAUUUCCAUCAUAUCUUUGUUAUUGUGUCAUACUUACAUUUGGACAUUGUCACAGGCAAGAGCAAGUAAAGCAUGCUUGAUUUAAACAAGGCACUUUUCCCCUUUUUCGAGAGGUUAUAGAACACUUCAUGUACAGGUAACAUGUGGGUAACUUUUUGUGCGCUACAUCAUACAGGUAGAUGUGGGUUAUUUCUUGUGCACAACGUGUAAAUGUGGAUUACCGGUACUUUUUGUGCGCUACAUCAUACAGGUCCAUGUAAAUGUGGGUGACUUUUUGUGCACUUUGUCAUUAAGGUACGUGUACCCUACACAUGGGUUGCGUCUUGUGAACGAUGUCAUCCAGGUAAAUGUACAUUCUACAAGUUCAAUCCCACAUAUGAUGGCACAAGGAAGGGAUUCAUGCGAUAAGCAUACACAUAAGUUUACAGUGAAGUUUGUUAACUAAUUUAUGAACCCAACUGUGGCUAAUGCAUAAAAGUGUAGAUACACAUAAGUAACUGUACACAUAGUGUUUUCCAACCUCUCUAUUGUAUCUAUAUAUAUAUAUAUAUAUAUAGGUAGCAGGGUAGGUGUACUUCUUACAGGUUGACACAAGUGGACAUAUUAAUUUUGUUUUUUGUUCAGUAUAUAAUUGUUCAGUCUUGAAUAAAAAGCAGUUGUUUGACAAGUUUUUACAUGUAUUACUUCUCCUUUCUGAUUAAACUUGCUUUGUGCAAGUGAAAGCUGUAUAGCAAAUACAAAAAUGAAAUAAGUAGCUUCAAUAAUAUGGUUGAAUUGAAAUACGUAGGGUGUAAAUACUUUCUGGAAUGACAUCUUGCUGUAAAUAUUCAUUAACCAGGCAGAUUACUCUUUUUCAGUGUUGUAACUGUUAAAAUGUGUAUUUUCAACUGAUUUGUACAUUGAAUAGCAACUUGGUGAAAUUGAAAUUAAAGGAGUAGUGUACUGUUUUUAAUCAUGUUACUACGGAUUGAUUUAUUAAAUUAUUUAUGUAUUUUUGGCAAUUUUUGAAAGGUUUGCUUGCUUUAUAGUAUAGUAUAUACUUGAAUUGCAAGAACAAAGAAUAUAUAUAUAUAUUUAUAUAUAAUUUCUUAAGUACAGUCGAACCCUGUUGGCUCCAAUUCCUUGUUGGCUCGAACUUGAUGUUAAGGACCGAUUUCUAUAUACUGAAUAUCAGCAUUCCUGUUUGGCUCCAUUUUUCCGAGACUCAAGGUAUUUUUGACGGUCCCUGGGAGUUGGAGCCAGUGGGGUUCGACUGUACCUAAGUCAAUUACAUAUGUUAGAAACAAACAGAAAAUGUUGUAUGCCAAAAAAAUAAUUUGAAAGAAAUAAUGGAUGUUUUGUUUUCAAGUAAAAAGUUAAUAUUUUGUACUGUUAAGUUGUGCAAAUGUCUGAUCAUUAUUGUCUAGAAUCCUAUGUAAUCUGUAUAUCAUUUAGUUGUAUAUGUUCAAAUUAAUUUAAAUAUUUGUCUGAAGGAAAUUUCUUCUAUCUGUCAAGUAAAUGAUUAUAAACAUGUAUAGAAUGAACUAAUUUUAUAAGUUUUUCAUUUUAUUGUGGUUGCAUGAUAUUGUUUAUAUAUAUUGUUAGUUGUUUGCUUGUUAAAGUGCUUUUUCAAUAAUAAUCUUCAUACAGUUAGCUCCAGUGGUAAAAACUUAACUGUUUUCAACAUUUGGAAGUUAAGACUUUAAGCUGUACUCUCACAGAUAUACUGUUUUUCCAACUUUUUUAUAUUUUGUCUUGAAAUUAGCAAAUGUUUGCGUAAAUAUCUGCUAACCAGUGAUGAAAGACUGCUGACAAAAGAUAAGAUCGCAGAUUUUCAUAUUUCCAUUCCAAAUUUAAUGUUUUAUGGCUUAAACUGUUACUAACGGUUUAAGAAAAAUGCAUAAAACAUCAAUUUUGGGUUGGAAAUAUGAAAAGCUGCGUUCUGAUCUUUUUUCAGCAGUCUUUUAUCACUGGUUUGCAGAUAUUUAGGUAAAAAAUUCCUCGUUCAAAAACAAAAAAUAAAAAAAAUGUCAAAAUGUUCAAUCUGUGAGAAUGCAGCUUUAAAGCCAGCCAGCCAGUUAAAUGGUUAAGUGAAGCAUUUUCGGAAUCGAGAAAAAAAUGGAAAUUUGGAAAUAAUAGAUAAAUAAGCAUAAAUUGAAUUAUAUUUUUUGUCUGGUUCAGCAUAUUAUAUCUGUAUAAUGUUGGUUUUCUAAUUACUAUCUGUUGUGGUCAAGAGGUUGGUCAAGCUUAUCUAUUUUGAUUGAUCGACGGCAUUUAACCUAGUUGAGGUAAUAUUCAUUGUUUGAAAUCAUUUUACAAACCUUGCAUUAAUCGUAACAUGUGUACAUGUUUUAAGCUAUAGUAUUAAAUAGGAAAUAAUGUUACUGGUCAUUAAUUUCAAUAUAAAUUGUAAGUCUUUUGGAAAUAAAAGUUUCCACAAUCUAAA